UAGACAAAUGGAACUUUCACACUUGCGCAGUAGCAAGCAUGGUUUUGUUUGGAGAGAAAAGAAAUUCAACCACCACGUUAAGACGUUUAAUAAAUAGUCUGUAUGGAGGAUCUUAAAAAAUCACUGAAGAUGCCUCUUUUUGGAAACACAUUCAGCCCGAAGAAGAUUCCUCCUCGUAAAUGUGCAUCUUUGUCCAGCCUUCACGCGUUGGAUCGCUCAACAAGGGAAGUAGAGCUGGGCCUCGAGUAUGGACCUCCUGUAAUGAACAUUGGAGGCCAGAGUUGGAAAUUUGAAGAAGGACAGUGGAUAACAGAAUCUGGUGGGAAUGGGUCCAGUAGAGAAUUGCAGCGGCUCAAGAAAAGAAAUGUACAGCUGGAGGAGGAGAACAACCUCCUGAAACUAAAGAUUGAAAUUCUCCUGGACAUGCUGACAGAGACUACAGUAGAUAACCACAUGAUGGGGAAAGAAGUGGAGGAGAUAAAGACUCAACAUCGAAGGAAAAAAUGACAAAUCUGAUUUGAUGCCUUCAUCAUAGGAAAUGUUCUUAAAGGGAGUUUGUUGUUGUAAAAAAGGUCUUACUUUGUUUUCUUUUCAGCACAGAGAUAAAAUAAAGGUCUCUUAAUUUUCUCAAA